GUGAUCCCCAAACCCUCCCACCAGGAGAGGAAAGGCUAAGUUUCCCCCCAGCUGGAGCUGAAGCUUUAGACAGUGGCCCUCUUAUGUUGUCUCAGCCUUUGAGGGGGCACAGUGUGGUCAGCAUGGGAUUCCGAUAACAAAGGGUUAGGAGAGGGAGAGGAGGUUGGGGGGUUGAGGGGAGGGGGCCAGACGGGGCUGAGAGAUCAGUAGAAGCAGCAUCAGCUCCAAAGGGCUUCAACCUGCCCAGACGGAACUGGAACCCAAAGGUUAAGUCCUGGCAGGCUGGGGCUUGCAUUUCCAUGUUGGCUGUCACGGGAGGCUGGCAGGUUGGAGCAAAUGUAUGCUGAGGAGCAGGGCGCCUAGCGAGAAGUGCAGCCCUGCCAGGAGUUCAGCUCAGGAGAAGGCAGAGAUGAGGGCUCAGGCUCCGGUGCCCUGAGCCGGAGGGGAGAGAUCAAGAGCACACGGAGCUGCUCUGAGGCUGCAGGGCUCUGAUGGGCUGUUCCGUGAGUCUGGCCUGCCUGGAGGAUGAGUUAUGUACCGUGCCUUUGGACCAGUCCAUCCUGAGAGCCGAAGAAGAGGUCGUCAUGAUCCAGCCAGAAGAAUCUACUUCAGGUGCCCACACUUUUAAGAAUAAAUCCUUUAAGAAGGCCAAAGUCUGCAACGUCUGCAAACAACCUAUUGACAGUCAAGGUGUUUCGUGCCGAGUGUGCAAGUAUUCCUGCCACAAGAAAUGUGAAGCAAAGGUGGUGAUACCCUGCCACGUACCAAUCAAUGACCCACUGCCUAACAACGCUGAUGUAUCUGGCCACGUAACCAGAGCAGCAUCCGACAGUUUUUCAAAAAGUUCUUCAUUCUGCUGUGAUAAAUUUUCUCAGAGUGCCAUCUUGGGUCAUAUCAUGGAGGAAGGCUAUGAACUGGAUCUUACCUACAUCACUGAGAGGAUUAUUGCUGUAUCUUUCCCAGCUAGUUGCUCUGAGGAAACUUAUCUACAUAAUUUGCAAGAUGUAACCCGAAUGCUAAAAUCCAAACAUGGAGAUAACUAUCUGGUAAUAAACCUCUCUGAAAAAAGAUAUGAUCUUACGAAGCUUAACCCAAAGAUUAUGGAUGUGGGUUGGCCUGACCUCCAUGCCCCUCCUCUUGACAAGAUGUGCACCAUCUGUAAAGCCCAAGAGAACUGGUUAAACAGUGAUCCUCAGCAUGUAGUGGUUAUUCACUGCAGGGGUGGAAAAGGACGGAUAGGAGUUGUCAUAUCAUCAUACAUGCAUUUCACCAACGUUUCUGCCAGUGCUGACCAAGCUCUUGACAGAUUCGCAAUGAAAAAAUUUUUUGAUGAUAAAGUUUCAGCUUUAAUGCAGCCAUCCCAAAAAAGAUAUGUUCACUUCCUUAGUGGCCUUCUCUCAGGAUCUGUGAAAAUGAAUACCACACCACUUUUCCUGCACUUUGUAAUUCUUCAUGGCAUCCCCAACUUUGAUACUGGUGGAGUUUGCCGACCAUUUUUGAAGCUCUACCAAGCAAUGCAACCCGUCUAUACAUCAGGAAUCUACAAUGUUGGUCCAGAAAACCAAAGCAGAGUUUGCAUUGCCAUUGAACCAGCUCAACUCCUUAAAGGAGAUAUAAUGCUGAAAUGUUACCACAAAAAAUAUCGAUCUGCCACUCGCGAUGUCAUUUUUCGCCUACAAUUUCAUACAGGAGCCAUUCAGGGCUACGGGCUUAUGUUUAGAAAAGAAGAUUUGGAUGAUGCCAACAAAGAUGACCGUUUUCCUGAUUAUGGGAAGAUAGAAUUAGUCUUUUCUGCUACUCCUGAGAAAAUAAAAGGAUCUGAACACUUAAAGAAUGACCAUGGAGUGGUUGUGGAUUACAACACUGUAGACCCAUUGAUCCGGUGGGAUUCUUAUGAAAAUAUGAGUCCUGAUGGGGAAGUAUUACAUACCCAAGGUCCCAUUGAUGGCAGCCUUUAUGCUAAAGUGAGAAAGAAGAGCGUAUCUGACAACAGCAUCCCUAGUGGGACUCAGGUUGUUCCAGUGACCAAUAGCCCUGAUCACAGUGACCACACCUUAUCUGUGAGCAGUGAUUCAGGCCACUCCACUGCCUCGGUAAGGACAGACAAGACUGAAGAGCGCUCAGCUCCAGGCUCCAAAAGGGGAUUGAGCCCACAAGAAAAGGCAGAACUGGACCAGCUCCUCAGUGGGUUUGGAUUAGAAGACCCUGUAAGCUCCCCAAAGGAUAUGACUGAUGCUCGAAAUAAGUACAGUGGGACUCGUCACGUAGUACCAGCCCAGGUUCAUGUGAAUGGAGACUCCAAGCUGAAAGACAGAGAGACAGACAUCCUAGAUGAUGAGAUGCCCAACCAUGACUUACAUAGUGUGGACAGCAUUGGGACUUUAUCCUCUUCAGAAGGUCAACACUCCAGUCAUCUCGGAAACUUUACCUGUCACAAAAGUAGUCAAAAUUCUCUCUUAUCAGAUGGAUUUGGGAGCAACACUGGGGAAGACCACCAUAUUGCCCUUGCCCCUGACCUAGGCAUUAGUGUAGAUCCUCUGUAUGAGCGAUCAUUUGGAAAUGGUGAGCCCAAGCAGGUGCAGCAGCUCUUGAGGAACCCUACUGUAUCAGCUCAGACACCAACUUAUGGACAGGGCACCUAUUCUACUCAGACAUGGGUGCGCCAGCAACAAUUAGUUGCAGCACAUCAGUACAGCUAUUCAACAGAUAGUGAGGGGAGGUUUGCUAUUCACAACUCUUCAGAGAAUGCAAACUAUGUUCCAGCCCAAACCAGGGUCCCACUAACUCCCACAAGAGGGUCCAGCAGCAGGGAUGCUGUGCAGAGGGGUUUAGGCAGUAUACCUAAUCCCAAUGAAGUAUCCCAGCAUUCUUACCAAGAAAAUUUCAAAACUAGGUUAACAACAGAGAAAGAGAUAAAUGGGAUUGACAUGGGAUUGAAUGCUGGAAUUUUACCUGGAUCUCCAACUCUGGAUAUUGAUCAAUCCAUUGAACAGCUGAAUAGGCUGAUCUUGGAACUGGACCCAACGUUUGAGCCCAUCCCAACUCAUAUGAAUACCAUGGCCAAUCAAACAAAUGGAUCUGCAUCCCCUGACAGCAAAGUGGGAGGAGGACUUCGGGUGAACCAUAGAUUUCUCGAGAAAGGAGACAGCAUAAGCAGGAAUUCCAGCCAACAUGGAGAUGACCCAUCUGGAGGGAGAAUCAGGAAAUUAAGCCUUGGCCAGUAUGACAACAGUGCGGGGCAGCCAUCAUAUACUGGAUGGGUAAAAGCUACUACUUUGGAUUCAGUUCCAACUUUGGGAUCCUUUAUUACACCAGGGGAAGUCAAAGAGACAAUGGUAGCCAGUUAUCCUCAAGAACUUGAUGUGAUUGAUGGUGGAAUAUUCUCACCAACCAAGAAUGGGAAUGAAAUUGUGUCUCCUACUCCAGCUUUUCCUGUGUCUCCUGAGACACCAUAUGUGAAAACUCCUCCACAUUAUUCUCAGAUUAGUCCAGCAGAGCAUGGCCCAACCAAUUUGUACAAACCAGGAUAUGAACCUCGGAGUUACACUGAAGGGCUUACUCACUCAGUGGUGAUGUCGGACAGCCCAAUUGGAACAAACCCUGGUCUGUUUCGGUCUGAGAGGCCAACAACCCCUUCUUGUCAACGGACUUUUCCAUCUGCCUGUACAACUUCAAGCAAAAGCCCUCUCCAGAGAGGCGAGAGCCCUUCUACAACAGAGCACCAAUGGCUAGAAAGCAGUCCCAAAUCUUCUCUUUCACCACAACUGUCAAUGAUGGGGAGCAACCGACCCACAGGUUUCCUUGUGGGUACAGAGUUUUCCAGUCCAGGACCAGAAUCUUCACUCUUGUCUCAUUUCCCGCCUUCAGAGCUACAAGUUUCUAAUCUAAACAAUCAUGAAAACUCACCAGCAGAACAGUCUCAAGAAAUUCUGGCCAGCCAAAGUGGCCGGGCCUUCCUAAACUUUGGUGUGCCUAGCAUUGGGAACAGCCUACAGCCUGAUGAGAAGCCUGGGACCUUACUGACUAAUUCCAAUGGAGCUUCUAAGCCACCAAUUGCCCCAAUGGCGGGAGUUGUCGACAAUGGCUUCUUGUCUCAUAAUUUUCUCACAGUGGCCCCUGGACACAACAGUCAACACAGUCCAGUCCUACAGCAUGCUGGAUUAUCCCUACAUUCACAACCACCCCUUCCUGAGAAGAAGAGGAUAUCUGAAGGAGAUCGUUCCUUUGGUUCUGUCUCUCCAUCUUCUAGUGGCUUCUCCAGCCCCCAUAGCGGGAGUACAAACAGCAUCCCUUUCCCAAAUGUCCUUCCAGACUUUGCUAAAGUUUUAGGAUCCUCACCCUUGCCAGAAAAUCCCACCGACAAAGAUGUGACUGUGAAAUUUGUUCAAGACACAUCUAAGUUCUGGUACAAGGCAGAUAUUUCAAGAGAACAAGCUAUUGCCAUGCUGAAGGAUAAAGAACCGGGCUCCUUCAUUGUUCGGGACAGCCACUCUUUCCGGGGAGCCUAUGGCCUGGCGAUGAAAGUUGCUACCCCUCCUCCUUCAGUUCUGCAACUUAAUAAAAAAGCUGGAGAUUUGGCCAAUGAACUUGUCAGGCACUUUUUGAUUGAGUGUACCUCUAAAGGAGUACGAUUGAAAGGAUGCCCAAAUGAACCAUAUUUUGGGAGUUUGACAGCUUUGGUCUAUCAGCAUUCCAUUACUCCUCUGGCAUUGCCGUGCAAACUCCUCAUUCCAGACAGAGAUCCAUUAGAAGAAAUGACAGAAAAUUCUCCACAAACUGCUGCAAAUUCUGCAGCUGAACUGCUAAAACAGGGGGCAGCCUGCAAUGUUUGGUACUUAAAUUCUGUGGAAAUGGAGUCACUCACAGGCCAUCAAGCUGUACAGAAAGCCUUGAGCAUAACGCUGGUUCAAGAUCCUCCUCCCAUUUCUACAGUUGUCCACUUCAAAGUAUCUGCCCAGGGAAUUACACUGACUGACAAUCAGCGGAAACUUUUUUUCCGAAGACAUUAUCCAGUGAACACUGUCAUUUUCUGUGCUUUGGAUCCACAAGACAGAAAGUGGAUCAAAGAUGGCCCUUCAGCAAAAGUAUUUGGAUUUGUUGCAAGAAAACAAGGGAGUGCCACAGACAACAUAUGCCACCUGUUUGCUGAACACGAUCCUGAGCAGCCCGCCAGUGCCAUUGUGAACUUUGUAUCAAAGGUCAUGAUUGGUUCUUCAAAAAAGAUUUGAAGUCUCCCUCAUGGACAGACUCCCACUGCAGCUCAUUGGACAGACCUCUUUACUCUUUGAUGUCAACAGGGAGAGAUGGUGUCCUUUUGAAUAAUUCCUCCAAACUUUCUAAUCCCAAGAAGAAGAAAAAAAAAUACCUUUUCUAGGUUUUUUUUCCCCCCUUGCUUUUCCCAUCCUCCCUUUUCUUAUUUUAAAAGAAAGACUUCAAAAUUGCUUGGCCUUUCUAAAAAGAAAAUUUUUGCAUCUUGAAACAUUCUCAGAGCCAAGGGCCAAGUUGUGUCAAAAAAAAAAAAAUAGAAGAAGAAGGGUUGUCUAGACCCUCUGCCCCUAUCCAGAGAGCCCCCUUUGGGGAGAACUUUGAAAGAGAAAAGUUCAUGUACCUUUCUUCAUCUUCCUCAGCAUCUCUUGGGGGAACAAUGGAAUGACCGCCUGGUUGUCCGCCAUGCAUGUCACAUGGAUUUUAUGAGAUUCGUUACGGAAUAGAGCUACAUGCAUGGCCUUCUGGAGACUCUUGUCCUGUUUGUAUCCAUGGUAGCCAUGACCCUCGCAAACUGAGGUUCUUUCCAAGGAUGAUGGGCCUCGUAUACAAUCAUUUGCUAUUCCCUUCAUCUUUCCAUAACCAAGAUUAGAAUUGAACUGAGGGAGGGGGGGAAGUAUGUCUGAUGAAGGUUAGUGUAGGUUGAUUUUUUUUUAAGGGACCAUGAAGACAGAUAAAAGUGCCGGUGUGCUGAGAGUGUAAGGUCUAAAUUUGGGAAUGAUUGAGGUCAUUGUGCUUUAUGAAAAGUUGGAGAUGCUGUUUUAAAAAGUAUAUGGUGAAGGCUUGAAGUGUUCUGUUUAAUGAAAAACAUGUAUUUUGUAUGAAAAGUCAAGCAAGUAAGAAACCAUUUUAGUAAUAGCAGGAUAAAAAUGAGGGAAAAGCAAAAAAUGAUUUUAUAUAAUUUAUAUUUUUUCCUAUGCCAGAUUAUUUAUAGUAGAAAUUUGAUAUUACUAUAUUGUAUGAAUACUCUUUACUAGACACCUUGUUGAGCUUUGCAUUUUUCGUGUUAUUUUUAUCUAAGUAUAUCUAUUGCAUGUGCCUUGCCUAGAAAAUGUGUCAAUAUUUUCUAAUGGUGUCAUUAUAACACAUCUUGUAUUUUGGAAAUACUGUUUUAACAGAAAGUCUUUUGCAUAUUUGAAUUUGUUUUUCAAUAUUUUGUUCAUCAAGUUCACUUUUUUUUGUGGUUUUUACUCCUAAAUUCUUGACUGUGGAUGGUAUCACCUAAUGCAUCCAGAAGGGAAAAGAAACUUAUUUUGUUGAACUCUUGCCUUGGCACCUGCUUAUUAUGUUGGAUGUCAUUUGUAAGAAUAAAAACAAGAUGAUGUAUAGGCUAUGCUGGGCCUUUACAAGCUCUCCUACGGAUCUUGUCACACUGCUAAGUGGUUUGCUUUGUAUUAAAGUUAGGCCUGAGUGUGGCAUCUGAGAAUGAAGGUAAGAAAAGGGAUGAUAAAUAUGUAAACUUUUUUUUUUUAUUUUUCAUAUGAGCUGCUGUAUUAUAUGGGUACUUGUGUAUAUUUCUAUAUAUGAAUGGCUUUCCCUGCAAAAGUCUGCCAUUGGUAAAGUUCUGCUGGGACCAAUGAAAGAAGGGGUUGCCUGGUGGAUGCAACAUUCACUUCCUUCUCUGUAGUGCACAAGGUGCUGAAUAAAUGUUCAGAGACCCCAGAGAUCCCCCUUGAAAGUUUUCCUUGAUAAUAAUAAUAUCCUUCUCUCCUUCCCCAAAUCAGGUAUCAGUGCUUAUUAUAUACAGGAAUUAUAGUGACCAACUUAGGCUUUGAAAAUUUACUCUUUUAAAGAGAUGGUUUUAUUGCAUGGGUCAGGGCAGCAAAAGGCAGGGAAGAAGAUGUCAGCUUGGAUGCAGUUGGAAUCGACGGAGCUGCAGCUGACAUUGUAUAUAAAUCUAAGAGGUAGAGAAUUCUUACUCCAGUUCCUACGACAAAGGCCAGGUUCUCCAGACUGUGCCAAACGCUUUAUGAUUCUGUUACACGCUUCAUCUCAUCAUGUAGUAUUUGCAUUGCCGUUUAAAGAUUCUGCCUGGGCAUUUGAGAGGAUUCCACGGACCCGAAGAACAGCCAAUCGGGCAGAAUUGUUUGUUUCUAAGCCGUUUCCAAAGAGCGUCCGGCCUGCCGGGCUUUCAUUGGUAUCAGAAGUCUGGGAAAGAGAAAUGGCUUAAAAUGACUAAAUCUGCCAAGAGGGUGGCUCUCAUGGAAAGGCACUGCCACAAAAGAAAAACAAACAGAAACAAACAGAAACAAGGGGCUUGGUUAGCACCUAAAUCAUGUUCAAGUAAUUAUGCAUUAAUGAAGGGAAUGCCAUGGAAUUGGGGCUGUCCUUUCCUGCCAAUGCACAGUGACGUGGAGUUUUUCAGGAUAGCGUCACGGCAUUUCAGGAUCACAUGUAUUCAGGAAGCAUGCCAGAGCCUGAAGGCUGCCAUUCAAAAACAAAAACCAGCUCGUUUACUGGCAUGCUUGUUUUUGUUGUGUUUUUUUUUUUAAUUUUUUUGCUUUUUACACUUUUUUGCUCUGUGUCAGAAAGAGCAUCAGGGAAAAUCCACUGGGAGCUUGACUCUUCUUGGCCAGGAAAAUAGAGUCCAUUUCUAAGGUUCCAGGGAGAGCUCGCACAGUGUGUUUCUCUUAAGAUAUGUUACCACAUGUAUUAGAAAUAUAUGAAAUCAUUUUAAAUACUCAAAAGAAAAACGGUGAGGUGUGCUCAGUAGUAAAUAGCGUACGCAGUCACGCAGCGUUCCUUUUGUGACAAAUGUGUGCUGUCAAACUAUUAACACAGCGUGCUUUUUCCCCAGGAUGUUUUAAGAUGUGUAUAUGCAGUACUAAAAAAGAAAGGCGGGUGAACUCACAUUAGCUUUUUGCCACGUGUAUUCAUAGCCAUGCGCCUAUUAAACCGCUUAUUAAAUUGUAUCACUAUAAUCCUUCAGUGUUAUAAUAUGGACAUGCUAAAAAGCCAUGCUUAAUGAAAUGGUGCCAGUGUAUCCUUAGUAUCAUUGACAUGUUAACAUUUCCUUCUCUGCCUUAUCUAUUAGUAGAUAUUUUACCUUUGCUCCAUACUGUAAAAAAUAUAUUCAGUAUGUAAAUGAAUGUCCUAUAAAUUCUUUGUAUAGUCGAUUUCUCUGCUUUUUAAAUAUCACCUUUAUUCAGAGUAUAAUAAAAUUAUGAAUUUGUUAAGCCUC